GUUCGCUUGAAGGUGAUAAGUUGUGAUUUUUCGUUACCUAAUCUAGUCAAUAUGAAGUGGUUAGUAAGUUCCGCAUGUGUUUUUUGUGUGCUAUUUUUCACAGUUUACGCUGCACCAGCUUCCACAAGUCUCCAGGUGUCAGCGAGUGGAGGCGGAGGAGGUGGACUAGGAAGUUUAUUGUCAAAUAUAGACUUGCCAGGAUUGUUACAGGGUGUCAAUAGUUUUGUCAAAUUGAUAGGUGCCUUUUGUCCGCCAUUGUCGCAGGUCCUAGACAACGUCAUCCAAAACGUCACGAGCACAGCCUUUAGAGUAUUCGGCAGGGCGAUACUCAGGAGCGGAGGCCUGGGCGGGGGCAACAGCGGCAGUGGCGGCGGCGGUAGUCAGAGGGUGAACGUGGUUUUGCCCACAUUCCCUCCAGACGAGGACUACGAGGACGAAGACGAUUCGACCACGACCUUGGCGUCGGCGAAUAGUUUGCAGAACGAGGUCGAAGCUGUGACCGAAGCCGGGGUAACCCUCUAUACCUCGCCGACGAGCGAAGUGGACGACUCCGCCAACUCCAUCUCGAAGCGACACGUCCGAGUGGUCAGAGAGGCCGAAGCCGAGGCGCCCGCGGCGCAGGAUCAGGAAGGCGCCGAGUCGGCCCCGCAGCCAGGUCAGGACCUGGCCGACGUCGACGACCAGGACCGUAACAAACGGUACUCGCCCUUCGGGGGCGGCGACGGCGGUCACGGCGGCGCCGGGGCCGGCUCGGGCAACUUCCUCUUCGAUAUCAUUCGGAGCACUGCCGAUAGAGCAGCCAGGGCGGUAGGCACCGUCUACAGAAUGGUGGCGGGUACCGCAGAUGACGUCAGCGCCUCCUCCACGUCAUGGAACUUCGCAGUACCUUCGUUGCCCGACGCGACCAAGACCCUCUCCACUGCCUCAUCAGAUCUUUCGGCCAGAAUACUGCCGGCCAAGUUGGUAGCUGGAUCAGGAGCGACGGAAGAAACAGACGAACAUGACGCCGGAGCUGGCGGUGUUGCCGAAUUAGAUGUCCAAAAAGAUGACCAUCAUGAGGGAAUCCCCGGACCUAUCACUAGGUUAUUCGUCAUCGCCAACAGGGGGUUAGCUAAUUUAAUCCAAGAUCUUAUCCUGCGUCUGGCCCAAACCAGCGAAAGAUUGGUCAACUUCAAAGCACGUCUUAUCACCGCUCUUAUUUAAACCAGUUGCCAUCCACCCAUUUAUAUUCCCCAUCGUCGAUUCCCUUAUUCCCAUUGUCCUGUUAUUCCCAAAGAGCCCAGUUACGUUUUAAAUUUAUUUAUGGAAGUGUUACUUUAGAGAGAGUUUAAAAACUAUUUUGUACAUAGACGAUUUGCUAUUUUCAAAAAGUGUUUGCGUAACUAACAUCCCUUUAUUUCUUGCCCCUGUUUUUGCCAUUGAUUUCUUCAUUUUCUUCUUUCUUAUUUUUUCCUUCUUUAAUUAGGUAAAUUAAUUACUAUUUUAGCUUGAAUUGUGACAAUGAAUAUUCGAUCGUGUAAAUAAGUAAACCUGAAUAAUUGCUCACAAAAGAUGAACAAAACAAAAUUUCUUUGUAUAUAGAAGAUGACUUUUUUAUUUUUUUCUUUCUGCGAAAUUAUUUUUAUUUCUUCAUCAUUCUUUCCUUUGUAACUUUAUCGUGUGUACAUAGAGAUUACAUUUUUUUUUGUAUAAGGAAAGUCAAAUUGUAACUUAUAUGUUGUUAAAGAUAUGAACGUAGACUAGUUUAGGAUAGUGAUCUUUUUAUAAUUUAAUAAUAAAAUAAAAAUUAAAAUUGA